AUGUCUAAAGAAUAUAUUAUUGUCACUGGAGGUGCUGGUUAUAUUGGAUCGCAUACCGUUAUUGAAUUAAUUGAAAACGGAUAUGAAGUUAUUAUAAUUGAUAAUUUAUGCAACUCAAGCUAUGAUUCAGUUGCAAGAAUAGAGUAUAUGGUUAAAAGACCGAUUAAGUUCUUUGAUAUUGAUCUUAGAGACCAUGAAAAGUUGACCAAUGUAUUUAAAAAUUACAGGAUUAAAGGAGUAAUUCACUUUGCAGCAUUGAAAGCAGUGGGUGAAUCUACUAAGAUCCCAUUGGAAUAUUACGAUAAUAAUAUUAACGGGACUAUUAACUUAUUGAAGGUGAUGAAAGAAAAUGACGUUAAAACUAUUGUUUUUAGCUCUUCUGCGACGGUCUAUGGGGAUGCUACAAGAUUCGAAAACAUGAUCCCUAUUCCUGAGCAUUGUCCAAAUGAUCCAACAAACCCAUACGGUAAGACAAAAUAUAUGAUUGAAAACAUCAUAAAAGAUAUAUACACAAGUGAUAAAUUCUGGAGAGCGGCUAUUUUAAGAUAUUUUAACCCAAUUGGUGCUCAUCCUUCAGGUUUAAUUGGCGAAGAUCCAUUGGGUAUUCCAAAUAAUUUGCUUCCUUAUUUAGCUCAAGUUGCAAUUGGUAGAAGGGAAAAAUUAUCCAUAUUUGGCAGCGACUAUAAUAGUCAUGACGGAACACCUAUCAGAGAUUAUAUUCAUGUUGUUGAUUUGGCCAAAGGACAUAUUGCUGCUUUGAAUUAUUUAAAUGAAUUGAGCUCUAAGGAAGGAUUAUUCAGAGAAUGGAAUUUAGGUACUGGGAAGGGAUCUACGGUUUUUGAUGUUUACCACGCCUUUUGUAAGGCUGUAGGAAGAGAAUUACCUUAUGAAGUAGUUGGUAGAAGAGAUGGUGAUGUUCUUGAUUUAACUGCUAAUGCAACUAGAGCCAACAAUGAAUUAAAAUGGAAAACACAUUUUACAAUCGAAGACGCAUGCAAAGAUUUAUGGAAGUGGACCACAGAGAACCCUUUUGGUUUUCAAAUAAAAAACUACAAAUGGAAUCUUUUCAAUGACACAGAUGUUGAAGACUUCAGAAAUAGGUUACAUACUGUAUCUUUUGAAAACUUUAAAGUUUCUAUUGCCAACUAUGGUGCAUUGAUCCAAGACAUUGAGUACAACAAUGAAUCUUUAGUAACUGGUUUCAAGUCAUUUAAUGACUACAAGUCUAAUAAUAAUCCAUUUUUUGGGACUACUGUCGGACGUUAUGCCAACAGAAUUGCUAAUGGAGAAUUUCAAGUAGAUAACACGACAUAUAAGUUAACUAAGAAUGAAAAUGAUUCUAAUACUUUGCAUGGAGGUGCUAAUGGUUUUGAUAAACAAUACUUUUUGGGACCAAUUGCAAAGUACCAUGAGGACCAUACAACCUUAGAAUUUAUUUUGGUUGAUUCUGAUGGUAAUGAUGGAUUUCCAGGCGAUUUGGAUACAACAGUGAAGUAUACCAUAAAGGAAGAUUCAUUGGAAAUAGAAUAUGUUUCUUCACUUACUGAAGGUUCGAAAAGCUCUGUUACUGCUGUGAAUUUAACAAACCAUUCAUACUGGAAUAUUUCACCAAAUAAGGACAUUAAUGGUACCCUUAUUAGGUCAAUUACCAAUAAAUUCUUGAAAGUUGAUCCGAAAACGUUAUUACCUACCGGGGAAAUUAUUGAAUCUCCUCGUGAUUUAACAAAGACUGUUGAAUUAACUCCAGAUGUUUCAUUUGAUAAUUGUUUCAUUGUUAAUGAAAAUGGCUCCUCGCUCGAUACAAGAUCAAAUGAAUUGAUUGAUAUCGUAGAAGCUACACAUCCAUCCUCUAAUACCAAGCUUACAGUUGCUACUACAGAUCCAGCUUUCCAAUUGUACACAGGUGAUUAUACAGAUAUUAAUGAGUACAAAAGUAGAAGCGGAUUUUGCGUCGAGGCAAGUAGGUUCAUUGAUGCUGUAAACAAUAAGGAAUGGUCCAAGCAGGUUGUGUUAAGGAAAGGAGAAACUUAUGGUUCUAAACUUAAAUUUUCGUUAUCCUCUGUUAAUAAUUAA